AUGCAGCUCCUCAACCUCAUCCCAGCUCUCCUGAGCCUCUUAGCGACCACAGCACUCGCAGCACCCAAGGAACAAGCCUGCAACCCCGAGCAGCCGAAUAAUCCGUAUUGUAUGCCCGAGAAGAAUGACGAGCCGAAAGUGGUGAGUCGGAUUUAUAGGUCUGUUUUAGGUGGAUCUGUGGACGCAAGGGACUUUGUGGGCCGGUUCGGGGACUGA